AAGAUCAGUGAUGAAUAUUUUAAAUCCAAGUUUUUAUUAUCGAAUAUUUGAUUGUAUCCUUACUACUUUCGUAUUAUUCGAGUUUCAAUUAAAAUGUAUACGAUUUUAAAUAAAACAAUAAUCGGUGUAUCUUCAAUGAUAUCAUUAUUUAUUUGUUAUCGAUGUAUCGUUGUAUCACUUGUGAAUGUUAAAUCGUUGUUUUAUUAACUCUUACAGUUUAAAUCUGUUUAAGAUAAAAAUAAAAAAAGUCAUUAUAGUAAUUAUGAGCGAUGUUGAGAAACAUUUUAUUUGUACGUCACCAGGUUGCAAUAUGAGUUUCUCUGAUGAAGAUCAUUUAGCAAUUCAUAGAAAGAAGCACGACAUGGUAUUAAAUCUAGAAAACAAUGACAAAAAUUCAGGAUUUGUAGUUGAUCAAACACCGACACCAACUAGAUUCAUUCGUAACUGCGAAGAAGUUGGAUUAUUUCAAGAUUUACAAAAUGUUAAUCCUUUCGAAGAGACUUUUCGAAGAGCAGUCGAAGCAAGGAAUACUGGAACGCUUACAGUACCAGGAGAGGUGGAAACUACUGAUGACACGUUACAUACACCUCACAUAUUUCCACAUAUCGCAGAUGUAUUGUCCGAUGGUACUCAUAUUCUUUCUGAAACUAACCAAGAAUGUUCUACUCCUAUAACAGUAAUAGGGAAGCCUACGAUGUCCAAAGAAAAAUCAACAGUGGGAACUCAAACUUAUUCCGAUUUAAGUCUACAAUUAAACGAAUCUCAUUUUAUAAAGGAGAAUAUGCUUGCAUCUUCCAAAACUACAGCUCUACACGCAGAGAGUAUCGUACUGCAACAUUUAAAUGUGUCUGUUACUCCUAAAAGAGAAAUGCAACAAUCUUCUUCAAAAUUAUCAAUAAACGGAGAAGAAGUUGAAUUACUCUUGAAAACAGCGGAUGGUAAAUUAAUGCAACUUUCUGCCAAUCCAAUAUACGAAUCUUCUCAAUCGUCUAACACAUCUCCUUCUUCUCAUGUUUCUACAAUCGAACACACAAAACAACAAAACGUUCUGAUGCGAUCAGAACUUCCACGAAUCAAUAUUCCAAUUUCGGAAUCUAAGAAAGUUCUACCAUCCAAAAUGACUUUUGCGAAAAUGAAACUACAGCAAAUUCUAACGAAGAAAGUAAACACUAAAAAUGAAAAAUCUCCCGAAAAAAUUACGGCUGUACGAGAUAAUAUCAGUCAACCUUGUAAAGAAGAAAAUUCCAAGCAAAACAUUGACCAACAUAGAAAAAAAGAUCUUCUUGAACGUAAUCGCGCAAGUUCGAUGCGUGCUAGGGAGAAACGUAAAGCUUGGGUUCAGCAUUUACAAAAAACUAUGACCAAGGUUAAUGAAACUAAUUCAAUUUUAGAAUCGGAAGUUAAAGCGUUGCGUAACGAGUUGACAAAAUUGAAAACUUUAUUACUCGCGCACAAAGAUUGCCCAGUAACGAAAGAGAUGCAAAAAGGCAAUGGCGUGGUAUUAGGAACCAAAAUAAUAUCUGUGAAUAAUGAUUCGAUCGAUACAACGGGAUCAACUAAUACUCUUUCAAUAAAAACUUUGCCAACCGUACUUCCGGAUAUAGCAAAUAAAAAAUUAGCCUCCAAUUGUAUAAAAAAUCCAAUAAUUUUACCAAAAGUAGUUGAACAACGACCUGUAACUAUGACUCCCAUUAUUUCGAAUGGGACUAUAGUAAAAAAUAUACCUGGUAUAGAAUUAAUUGAGGUAACUCAUUUCAUGGCAGAGAAAGACAAUGAUGUCAAACAACCACAAAUAAUGAUCGUUCAAAAUCCGACUAUGAGAUCGGACGAGGGAUCACCGAAAAGAAAAAUUAUACGACUUAAUCCUAAUUACGAAAUUAGACAGAUCUGGUCGAAAAGUACGACCACGUAAAAACAAUUAAUUAAAUUAUUGUAUAAGUCAACGCGGCUUGGCCACGUUUGUUUAUUAGUUCCCGUCAGAUUAUUAAAGUUAAGAAACGUGGGCACGGUUAGUUAAAUGGAAGGGUUACUCGUUCGAAAAAAAUAAAAACCGUGUGUUGUUAACUCCAGAGGGGUGGUAAAAAGACAGGACCUCUCUUUGGUGAUAUUGGAUAGAUAUGAGGUAUUCGUAGAAAGGUGAUUCAAAACCCAUAAAAGGGAGAGUGCAAAGAGACAUAUAUAUAUAUUAAUUGUUAUUAACUAUUAUCGAGAUUUUAUUAAUUAUUAGUAUGUCAACUGUGCCUAAAUUAUUUUUGUAAAUAUUUUUAUUAAUGCAUCAUUUUGAUAUAAUUUAGCAGUAGUGUAUGCCUCUUAACUGUUAGUUUAUAUAAUCUUACAACGUGUAAUACUAAUUUUUCUUUAACGAAAAGCUUAACAAUUCUUGAGGCAGACAUGAGAAGAUAAAGACAUAUUAUAUAUAUAUAUAUAUAUAAGUAUUAAUACAUUAGAGAAUAAUACAUAUA